UCCGACUGGAGAAGGUGAGAGCGCUGAGAUUUCUGGGAAGAUUAACAAUGUCGCCGCAUCUGAAAACGCUCAAGACACAGUAGGAUAGGACUCUAGGAUUCUGGGAGAGGGUUUAUCACAAGCCCGAAGGACUUCUGUCGGACUGCUCUGACAAAAUGCUGUGCUUGACACUGCAAGACAACAAUUCUGAAAACACUUUUCAGAAGUGUUUUCUGCUCUCGUUCCCCACUUUCUGCCUCCUCCAGAUGCGCUUCCUGUUGCUGUUCAGCCGGCAGGGGAAACUGCGGCUGCAGAAAUGGUUCACACCAAUUACGGACCGGGAGAAGAAGAAGGUGAUCCGGGACAUGAUGAUGUUAGUGUUGGCCCGUACACCACGUUCCUGCAACUUCCUCCAAUGGAGAGACCUCAAGAUCGUUUACAAGAGGUAUGCCAGUUUGUAUUUCUGCACUGGUCUGGACGACCGCGACAAUGAGCUGCUGAGCCUCGAAGUGCUGCACAGAUAUGUCGAGUUGUUGGAUAAAUACUUUGGCAACGUCUGUGAGCUGGACAUCAUUUUCAACUUUGAGAAGGCUUACUUCAUCCUGGACGAAUUUCUGAUGGGAGGGGAAAUUCAAGAAACGUCCAAAGUAGCUGUGGGAGUGUCUAUAGAGGAGGCUGACACUCUCCAAGAGACGAUGGAGGAAUACAUGAGCAAACCCGCCUACUGAGCCGAGAGAAGACGAGGGUGUUUCACAUUUCAAGACUUGAAGCAAAAGGUUUAUUAGUCCGCAACAUUUUUAUUGAGUGACUGUAAAUGACUCACCGGUCCUACAGUCCUGGUGAUUUUUCUUUUUCAUCUUAAGUUUUAUUAAUUGUAAUUAUGUUUGAGUCUGUAAGUGCCUUUAACGCCUCAUAUUUAUUAAUCUCAGGGUUUUAUGACAGGAGAUGUGACUGAAGAGAGUCUUUUUCCCAGUUUAUCGAAACCAUUUUUGUUCAUAUUUGAAUAUGUUUUUGUAAUCUCAGUAGUAAUACAUGUGAGGCAAGACAAAUUUAAACUGAUACACUGUGUGAUGGUGAGUAAAUGAAGAAACACUACACGUAAGGAAAAAAUAAAGUCAAUGCUUUAUUAACCUCAGGUAUGUCACAUAUGACCACAUUUAAGAAAGAGUUACCAAAAAAACACAAGUGAAUCUAGGGGGGUCCAACACUGAUUCUGGCUGUGUGUGUGUCUGUGUGUUGAAAUGCAAGGCUGGUGAGUCACAUGUACUGGUUGUUAAGUGUUGAGCAUCAAACUCAUGUUUUAAAAAAAAAGCAUCAAAUGAAUGUCUGAACACUCAUAUGUCUGCUAAUAAAUAUGAACUUUUGUAAACCUACAGAAUAACUAAA